GUUUUUUUUCAGUUUCAUUGGUUAUCAUCGGGCGAUCAAGAGAUAUCAAGGUCAGAAGACGAUUAAUUUAUUGUUGCUUGUUUGAUCAAAUCUGCACCGCAAUAUUGACUCAAGAUUGGCAACGCACUUCUGUUCUACUUGACAUUGACUAUUUGCUCAAAAUCGUGCGCAAUCCCAAAACGCGCGAGAUAAAUUGCAGAUACCGCAUGUAGGUGUGGAGAAAUGUUCAACAAGAUAACGCUAGCUUUUGUUUGCUCUUGAUUCGUAUAUAAGGGAUGGAAGUGUUUCAAUCGUGAACUUUUUCGACUUGGUUUUUUUCACAGUACCUUCGUUAAAAUGGUCAGAUUUACGCAUCUAUACGUCUCUGGUAUACUGAUGUGUCUGCUGUCGAUUCAUAACGUGACAAGUGAUUCUGAAACUUUCAAGUAUGAACUGAAUUCCAUACAUUACGUUCACUUAGAUCCACAUUUAGCCAAGACGAUCUUACGCAUAAAUAGUGACAUAUAUUUGAAACCGAACAAAAAUCUAAAAAAUUCAUACUUUGCGAGUUUACGAAACACCGAAUUGUCCAUUGAAAAGGCAAACGGAACGUUUUUAAAUUUGAAAAAAUGUUUGAACAUGGUACUACCCAGCCUUUCGCUUCUAAGGCCUUUUGUCGUAGUGUACGACGAAGAUGGAUUGUUGAAGCACAUAACAGUACACAGAACCGAAGCUGAUCUAUCGGUCAAUUUGAAAUUACUUCUGAGCAACUUGCUUCAAGUUAAUAAAACGGCACUCGUUGGAGCGAACGCUGCACAAGCAAUUAAGGAGCCAAUAUAUGUUGGAGAUUGCCCUGCGAAUUAUACUAUUCAAAGAGAAAGUCAGUCAAAGUUAGAAAUAUUUUGGGUCGAAAAAAAGUACGAUAUGAAGCUGUGCAGUGAUCUUAAGAGCAAUAAUAGCAGUGGAAUAAGCAGUUUGCUCAACAAUUGCAGGAACGAUACUCAAAAACAUUUGAAAUGGGACCGGAAAAUCGAUAUGAUAUUAACAGCAAAGAAGAAAGCAGCAACCUGCAUCGAAUACGUCACAAUGACCGAGAAUAUUCAAUAUUUGCCAUGGGCCAACUCGUCGAAAGAAAUUUUUCUAGAAACUCUAACGACUAUUGCCUUAGUUACGGAUAAAACUUCAAUAAUACCUCCUUACUUUUUCAACAUCAAUUCCGUAAACGUAUCGAGAUUGUGGUACAGAGAAAUCGAUCAAUCCAUCAUCAAAGGAGAAACGAAAAACAAAGAUCUGUCCGAAACGUACAAAGCGUUGGCUUGCGAUUCAACGAAUCAAAACUUAUUCAUGGAAUUUUAUGAAAAAGCUAUCAAUUGUUGGAAAAUAUUUUAAUAAUAUGGAUAAAUAAAAUUGAUUAAUUUU